ACUUUAGGAUGGCUGUCAAGGCAUAUCUAAAUUCUACUUUUUGUGUUAUCAUUUUUUGUUUGUGUAAAUGUGCGGGCAAACUAACUUUAAGUUCAGCUGAAGUGAGAGAAGGAGAGACCUUAGUAUUAACAUGCCAUUCAACAGAGCCUCUUGGAUCGUAUACGUUUUACUCUGAGAAAAAUGGAUUCUUCGACAUAUACGGCAGUGCUACAGGGAGUUUCAAGAACUGUUACAGUGGACUAUCUGGAUACUCAAUGAGAUGUGAUUUUGAUAACUGGACCUUCAACCUGACAAUUCUACAGCCUGUACAUAAUCAAGUAAUCAUUUGUAACAGAACUACAGGCCCAGUUCAAAUUACAAGCAUAAACGCAACAAUCUAUGUGCAAGUGCCUGUCAAAAGUAUAACACUGUCUACACCUUCUACGAUAAAUGUUGUGUCAGCGAAUAGCUAUACCUUCACCUGUAAAACAUUUGGUUCCAGACCUGCAGCAGAAAUUUCGUGGCACUUUGACACUUCGACUCUUGCAGGAAACAAUACAGUGAUAUCAGAAAAUGAAUCUAAAUUUGAAGUUACCAGCAUUUUAACUCUAAUAUUAACAAAGGAAGAUCAAGGCAAGGUUGUAUACUGUAGUUCAAACAUUGUUGGAGAAAUACCAUUGGAAUCAACUAAAACCUUUUUGAAUGUGCUUUAUAUAUCAGAGGUUCAAAUGAUGCCAGGCAAUAGUCUUAAUAUAGUGGCAGGGCAGAAGCUGACAAUGAAAAAUAAUGGCUACAACACCUCUUUGAUUUCUACAAAUCAGCUUUAUUUGAUUAAACAUGCCAGAGUUAAAGAUAGUGGUAGAUAUUCUUGUUCAGUCUGUAACGCUGCAGGGAGCUCUAGUAGUUUUAUUGACGUUAACGUCCAAAAUAAACCAUUUCCUCCUAUGAUCAUACAGGUUUUCUGUAAGACUAGAUCCGCCUAUAUCUCAUUUAUGUCAUCUUAUCUCGGUGGUGAGGGUAAACUGGUUUUGCAGUAUAGUAAAGUUGAUGACAAAUAUGAAAAUGCGACUGUUGAGGUUCUGAAUAAAACCCAGCCUGAAAUAAAUACCUACAAAGUCCUGAAUUUGUCACCUGGAACGGAGUACACAUUUAGAAUUUUGGCUUCUAAUUUCUAUGGUAUGACAUCAUCAAAGAGGCAAACAUGUUCUACAGGCAUCGUUGCACAAGCAGAAAGAGAAAAAAGCUGUGAAAUGGAGUCGGUCAUUGGAGGAACAUUGGGAAGUAUUCUUUUUAUAGUUAUUUUGCUUCUUUGUGCAACUGUCCUGUUUAACCUAAGGAGUCGAAGGAUUAAUAAAGGCAAAAGCGAUCCAGCAACUAGCAGAACAAAUGAUGCCAGUUAUGUUGAUCAAGCUUUACCAAGUAAAGACCAUCAUUAUCAAGGAUUUUCCACCAAAGAAAUGAUGAUAACAAAUACAUAUGAAAAGAUUGAAGAAUGUCAUGAGAAAGAGAAAAGAUCUGUAUAUAUGGAAUUAACACAUCCGAGUAUACAAGAAGAACAAUACAUGAACAGAACAGGUGACACAGGUACGUUAACUUAA